AUUUUAUGGGAUCUUUGGUCUGAAUCUAGAUUCUUAACUUGAAUCGUGCAUUUCAGUUCAUAUUCAUGUACCCGGUUGGUUAUUUUGUUCGUCUCAUUACUUAUACAUUUUAGAUUAUUUGUAAACAGCAUUUAAAUAGUUUGUUAAGUUUGAUUAAAAUCUACAAAUAUGGCCACCUACAUCUGUAAAAUGAAUCAAUUAAAUUCCAUCGUUGCCGCCAACCUUCGCCGUAAUGGUAUUCGCAGUUUGUCCACAACAACUCAAAAAAGAACUGCAGCUAGUCCGAGUGGCCAAAAUAUUGUAUUGGUCGAUGGUGUGCGGUCACCGUUUUUACUUUCUGGCACAACAUACUCAAAGUUAAUGCCUCAUGAACUGGCUCGCCAUGCCCUUUUGAGUCUAUUGCGGAAAACAAACAUGAGCAAAGAACUUAUCGAUUAUGUGAUCUACGGUUCAGUUAUUCAAGAAGUUAAAACUUCGAAUAUUGCAAGAGAAGCUGCUCUGGCAGCUGGAUUCAGUGAUAAAACACCCGCACAUACUGUGACAAUGGCUUGCAUCAGUUCAAAUGCUGCUAUUACUACUGGUAUGGGACUUAUUGCAACUGGGACUUAUGAUGUUAUUGUUGCUGGUGGUGUUGAAUUUAUGUCGGACGUGCCCAUUCGCCAUAGCCGAAAAAUGCGUGGUCUUAUGCUUAAAGCGAACAAAGCUAAAACCCCCAUGCAAAAGCUUUCACUUCUCGCCUCAAUUCGACCAAACUUCCUUAUUCCAGAGCUUCCAGCUGUUGCUGAGUUUUCUUCUGGAGAAACUAUGGGACACUCAGCUGAUCGUCUUGCCGCUGCAUUCCAAGUGAGUCGCAAGGAACAAGAUGACUAUGCUCUUAGAUCACAUACUUUGGCUAAACAAGCUGAAGAAAAGGGUUACUUCACCGACAUGGUCCCCUUCAAAGUAUCUGGUGUUGAUAAAACAGUUGACAAGGACAAUGGCAUUCGUGUCUCAACAUCAGAGUCCUUGGCUAAAUUGAAGCCAGCUUUUGUAAAGCCACACGGAACAAUUACCGCAGCAAACGCUUCAUUUUUGACCGAUGGAUCAUCUGCUUGUGUAAUCAUGACUGAAGAGAAGGCCAAGCAACUUGGACUUAAGCCAAAGGCAUAUUUGAGAAACUUCUUGUACGUCUCGCAAGAUCCCGUUGAUCAACUUCUUCUCGGACCAGCCUAUGCUAUUCCAAAACUUCUCAAAAAAUCUGGUCUGACUUUGAAGGACAUUGACUCAUGGGAAAUUCAUGAGGCCUUUGCUGGACAAAUUGUUGCCAAUCUCAAAGCUCUCGAUUCAGAUUGGUUCUGCAAAACUUACUUGGGAUUGAAUGAAAAAUACGGAGCUCCAGAUUUGAGUAAAUGGAACAACUGGGGUGGUUCUCUUUCUAUUGGUCAUCCUUUUGCCGCAACAGGAGUUCGUCUUUGCAUGCAUACUGCAAAUCGUUUGGUAAGGGAAGAUGGGAAACUUGGCGUUGUAGCUGCUUGUGCGGCCGGUGGACAGGGUGUUGCUAUGCUUCUCGAAAGAUAUCCUGGUGCAACAGCAGACUGAAAAUAAGAUUUAAUUUUAUAUCUUAAUUAGCAAUAACUACUAUGAAAGUGCUCUUACGAAAUUUAUAUAUAUUUUUUUCCUUGUUCUGUUAAAAUCACACGAAGAGUUAUUAUAGAUUUUUAUAUUACCUUA